AUGCUACAGCUGUCAAGUGUGACAUUUUUUAGUAGAUAUCUUACUUGUUUUUCUUGAGAGAUAGUCUCUACUACAUACUGUUGAGAGCAGCGUCAAACAAGCAAAGCUUCUAUUGCCCUAUGCCGCGUCGUCUGCCCUAAUUGUAAAAGUGGUUUACAAACGGACCCGUCGUGGCCACAAACACAUAAAACAUUGGCGUAGAUUGCAGCAUUAGUAUAGCUAUAAGCGGGUACUAGGGUGCUGCGAGAGGUAAUCUCGGUGCUCCGCUCUGAAGAGUGUGUGUUGAUGUGUGUGUAUAUUACUCGAUUAAGGUGGACUCUUAAGAGAACGAGUUGACCUUAGCAACUGUUGUCAAGCGGGCAGCACUGCAGUAAACGGGCUUCUGUGACGUUGCUCAGACAUUCGACUGACUGUCAUAUUGUUGUUGUGUGCGUUUCAUGGCAUCGUGAAGUGCGCAGGGGGUGGUAGCCAGCGCUGACCAUGGCGGCCGUCCUACUGCCGCCUCCACGGAGAACCUCAGGUCGAAUGAACCGGAAUCCACAAACGGCACUCCAGGUAUUGCUACAGAUGGGAUUUCCAAAACAUCGCGCAGAGAAAGCUCUCGCAGCGACAGGUGACCGAGGCGUUCAACUAGCUGCAGAUUGGCUUCUGUCGCAUGUCAACGAUCCCACGUUAGAUAGCUGCAGUCCACGGGAGUAUAUACUCUAUCUUUGUCCGACUGGACCACUGCUUGGCCAGUUGCAGAACUUCUUCUUACAGUCGAUGUUACAACAUGAACGCAAUGGUGCCCACAAUUAUUUACCACACAUCACGUUGUGUUCGUUUUUUCAACUGCCAGAUGAUGGUGUAGCCGAAAUCGUUCGUGCAUUGGAGGUCAUUUGUGAACGUCUCCGUGGUGAAUUACCCGAGAAGAUCCGCCUUGAACACUACACAUCGCAAACGUUCCUCGGCCUAUUUGUCGACCAGAAACACAACGAAAUGCUGAAGAAGAUCAGUGUGGCAUUUAUGCGCGAGACAGCAGAUCUACAGUUAAGCGUUGAGCCGUACCUUAAAGCGCUUCAUGUAACAUUAGCGUAUCAAUUCGAUGUUGCUCACUACGGCAGUCUUGAGAAGCUUACGCAAAUGAUUGAUACCGAAGCGCCGGCAUGCUGGGAGCUUAGGCUCUACUCACGUGAUACACGGGUAAAAGGAAAUGAAGUGCAUAAAGUGCUAUAUUCGCAUGUACCACAUGAAGCCGAUGAGCUUGAGCUGCUAAUUGGUGAUUUUGUGUACGUCAAUGGUGACAAGCUAAAUAAAUCAACGGACGGCUGGGUAGAAGGCACGUCGUGGCUGACUGGUUGUUCAGGUUUCUUGCCAAAAAACUACAUCGAGCGUACAGCGGAAUCUGAUGCAUGGACGUUGCAUAAGAGUUUCAUAAUUUGCAAAAGCACGUUCAGCGAUGACAUGCCCCGCCCGCCAAGUUCACCUCUCUCGAGUAUUGUACCCGUUCAAUCUUUACAGGAACAGCCGGCUACUCCUGCUCAAACAACUCAACCAGCGGCGACGAACAGCAUCAAACCGACACCUGUCGAACGGAAAAACGUCCCACAAUUGAGCUCAACGAAUUCAGGUGCUAGCAGCAACAGCUGCGACCCGCCCUCACCGAAAGAGGACACUCUUUAUGAAAAUGUCAACUUCCUAUCUCUGAAGCCUAAUGGUGAGCGGCGACUGAAGCGCCUGUAUGUGGUACGGCAUGCUGAACGAAUUGAUUUCACAUUCGGACCCUGGAUAAAAGCCUGUUUCGAUCAGCAAGGAAACUAUGCGCCGAAGGAUCUUAACAUGCCGAAAACGGUUUUACCACGUAAGCCCAUGGACUACUUGAAAGAUUCGCCACUUACCCGUAUAGGUCUGUUCCAGGCCACAUUAACAGGAGAAGCAAUGUACGAAGCGGGCGUACGGUUUUCACAAGUAUUCUGUUCACCAUCACUACGUUGCGUGCAAACCGCGACUAAUAUUCUCAAAGCUUUAAAAUCGGCAACAUUGAUCAAUAUCGAACCAGGUCUAUUUGAAUGGCUAGCCUGGUACCCCGACGUUCAGCCAGUUUGGUUUAAGCCGAUGGAGCUAAAAGAAUUUGGAUUCCCUAUUAAUCCAACUUAUAAGCCACUGGUGUCGGUCGAUGAACUUUUAUCGAAAAAAUUCGAGUCUUGUGAACAGUACUUUAAUCGAAGUCACAUUGUCACUCAGACACUACUCGAAACUUCUAAGCAGGUUGAUGGUGAUAUUAUGUUUUUAGGUCAUUCGGCUACGCUGGACGUAUGCACUCGACAGUUGACAGGGGGCCGCAUGCGGACGCCUCAAGAGCUCGUCCAUAUUGUUCAUAAAAUUCCGUACGUCGGCGUAGCUUGUGUCGAGGAAGAACCGAGUCGCGUGCCCAGAUGGGGUCUUGUAGCCCCGUCGUUUGAAACACUCACCCAUGCUAGCAAUGUGAAAUACGACUGGCGGUGCAUGCUUGGCGAUGCCCAUAUCGCCAAACGGUAGGAACGCGUCAGAAAAUUACGUUUUUAUUAUUAUUAAGCUACUAGACUUAUGUUGUACAUUGAUCGAGCUGCUGUGAGCAAUUUAACUGUAGACGCAAAGGCAAAGUGAAUCUUCGUAAUUGCUCUCUUCCGCAUUUAAAACCUAAAUAUUAGAUGUAACAAAAAAGCUUGAAUGACAGAAGAGACAUAGCUGUUAUGUUAAUUAUUAUUAUAUUAAGAGUAACAAUAGUUCAUUAAAUUAAGCUUGUGGUACAAAUCGUCUCGACAAAGAGAGAGAGAGAGAGAAAUAUUAUAUAUUGCUGCGGUGAACUCCGUGAUUAAAUCAAUAUUAGAUUUAAAUUCAUGGUUCGCGCCACUGAUAUAUAUGGUUGGGUAUAACAUGCAUUCAUUAUACAUUUGCAUGCUGAAAGGUUUAUCUCGAAUUUGCGGAUUAUUGUGGAAGCAUGUUACACCGGAAUCAUAAAUCGUAAAUCUACAAUAGGAGUAAUCUAGACUUUUGAGACCAAUCGGUACUAGUGAAUAGUUGAUGGGUGCACCCAGAAGAUGCCGCUGUGCUCCUAAUGUAAAUACUAGUGGCCAAAAGGCGCGGUGUUUUCUAAUUUCUUCGCAGCAAACUGAUGGCAGGUGUGUGCUGGCUGAAAGAUAAAUCACAACUUGUAGUAAACAAUACAAUAAUAUUAUACAAGGCUUUAGUAAAUCAUUAUGAACUCACUCUGGCCACAUAGUGAGAUAAGCCUAAAAAGUUAGUAAUGAUUGCUAGUUAAAUUUUGUUUGUAUGAAGCGUUCGUCUUAUCGUCACAUGUGUGCAUGUAUGUAUCUGUGGGACUGGUAUCUGCGAUAUCUCGGAUUGAGAAACGGAUUAUUUCUCUUCUUCUUCCUUGACUCGCGUUUGUAGAGUGAUAACGUGCCUAUUUUUGAAUGAAGGUACGGAAGGAGGCUUCUCUCCGAAAGCUGUACAACAAGCUUAGGGCUCACGGGCAGCUCAAGCACAAGGCAAAAGGGUAUCGAGAUUCUAUGUGCGGUGCAACUAAUUGCAAAAAACUACUGUUUUUUAGUAUUUUGACAAUCUCAUGAAAAAUAGGAUCGUUUUGAUGAACACGACUAUACGGAUGAUGGAAUUGCAAGUUAAGGUUAUACAAGAAACGUGAGACAAAAAACAUCCCCUUCUCAUCCCUCAUAUUAGAAACCAUUGCUGCUACUAGUACUGUAUAAAGUAACAAAGUAAUUAUUUUCCGAGACAAUUUUACGCAAACCUAUACACUAAGUCUAACGAUACUGUAACGAUAGAGCAUACUAUAUAUAGUACAGCAUAUACUUUAUAAGCAUUUUGUUCAAAAGUUUACACAGACAUUAAUGAAUUAUUCUGCUGCACGGUCGAUCUUCUCAAAAUGGACGAAGAAGUGAGGAGUUGACUCAUUUUCCAGCAGAGAGCACACAAUGCACAAACGGAAGAAAAUAAAAAUAUCCUAAACAUCGGUUUCGACCAUCUACAAAAAUAAAUAUAUGCCAUUAUAUUUCGAACAACUUACCUGAAACAAACAACCAGAUCCAUCUCAGCAAUUAUGUUAGUCGUUAAAAUUUCUAAAAUAUCAAAACCUAAGUACAAAUCAUUCCCGACGGAUCAUAAAACCGGGUAAUAAUGAUAAUAUAUUUUUCUAAACAUCGAAUCUAUUUUUAAUCAUUUAACUGACAAGCAGUUACGUCCAUAUUGUGCUAAAAAUUUUAAUAUCAUAAAUGGAUAAACGAAGAAGCUGACCUCGAUUCAAGGUAAUCAAUGAAAAGCGCGAUUUAUCAUUUUAAAGUCGGUUUACUUUGAGGUAUUUAAGAAUUGUCAAUUCUCGAAAUAACUUGCUUGGUCAAGAAUAUGCGUUUCCUUCAUUGGGUUUCAAUCAUACGAGUGGCAAUCAUCUAUUGUAAGCACGUGAAUCAUUUCUAACAUUAGUAAUUGAAGUGGUAAGCCAUUAUUGUUGUGACAAUCGUAUGCCUAGAUCGAAAGAGGAGCUGUCAAACAACUGACAAAGCUUGCAAUCUUGGAGCCCGAAGUUUCCUGUGAGAUGCUGCCAUAUGUCCCAAGUAUCACUGCUACCUAAUAUUAGUAUAGAUAUCACAAUUUUAAUUUAUUUUGCUAUAAAAAAACAGAUAAUCAAUCGCCGACCAACCAAACGUUUUUUUAGUGAAUUUCUUCCUGCCAAACAAUUGUCCAAGUGCUGAAGCUUCAAUAAAACAUUAAGUUACUCAUUAAGCAAACGUUACGAAGUGUAUAUCUUUAUAUAAACGUCAUGUAAUGUAGUAUUUGAUUCUACUGUUGUGUCAACCAUACAUGGCUGCUUACCAAGCCGACAAGGCACGCAGUGACUUGAGGAAGAUCACUGCUUGACUGUUUUAGGUGUUUUUUUUUUAAACAUAUAACCUUGUGAAUGAAAAAGUAUGAGCGUGACACAUUUUUUAUCAUUGGUAUUUAUAAAAAUACGUGGACUUUCGCGCAAAUUUUCAAAAUCGGUGUAAGCCAAAGUAUUUUUCUGAUCGUGGAAAUAGCCGGAUGUUCCGUCUCAGUUAGAUUUUCUAUUGCAACCUGUUCAUUUGCAAAGUAACAAACACAAAAUAUUAUUAGUUGUUUUUUGGCUGAUGUAAGGAUGAUAUAUACAAAGAAAUAAUAACAUAGAGAAGUAUAUAAAUAUGCGUUGAACGAUAUUGUAAAGUGCAAUGUAAUCGAUGAAGAUAAAAAGCAGAACUUGGCUUAACUGAGUGCCAUUUGUUGGCUAAGAAGUAACCGACAAUAGUUUAUCGGCAGAUCACGUUGACUGUCCAUGUAUGAAUUGGAUAGCCCUUUAUUUUUUGAGAAAUUCUCAAAACAAUUACACUAUAAUAUCGGGUUUCUUGUAAAAUAAACUUUAAAAUUAGGCUUAGAACUGAGCUCUAGUUGAAAUUUAAAUAUGUAGACAUGUAUUUUUAUCUUCUUUGCGCGUUUAAUCGAUCCCCCGAGCUGAAAUAUCAAUUUUCAGUGCAUUUCCACCACUGGUCCUGCUACUUACAAUAAAGUGUAUUGUCCCCUGGAGUUUCUCUAUUCUAUAUAAUUGUAGCCAUGGCGAUUAAUCAAUGCUUCAUACAGCGUUAGUGCUCAUCGUAUGUGACUAUGUGGCUUUUGCACUGAGUUCGAAUUGGAUCUAGCCUUUGAAGCACGGCGAACGACGGGACCGGAUGGUCUAUGCGCUCAGUAUUUCGUCUCUAUGAAUUACACCGACUCGAAGCCACAAAAUGCAGGCAACGUGUUUAACCUAUACCUAAACAUGACAGCCAACAGCAGCUCCCGAGUUAGCGCAUACUGUGGUGCGAUCAGCUUGGUGACGCUCGCUGAUGAGUCGACGGUAAGGGGUCGGGCCGCUUAAGGACACGACGGUGGUUUUAGAGUCGUUAGUUGUAAUACAAAAAUAAUAAGAACAGUAAAUGUAAGUAUAGACAAAGUGAAACUAAAGCGGUGUGAAGCAUAACCAUAAAAAAAUUAAAGUCACGCACUGAUAAUGCCAUCCAAUGGGUUUGAAUAACAGCAACAACAAGUAAAAUAACAAGCUAGCCAAUGACGCACGAUACGUCGAUGAUAUAAUAAUGGUUAAUGAGUGAUGUAUUUACCAUGACGAAGAUUUAUGCAUAGGGUAAUUUAAAUCUGCAAAAUAAAAUCAAGGAAGAAAAAAUGAACGAGGUAAUAAUAAAUGAGAUUCUACG